AUGGAUGGCAAGGUCAUUCAAGCUGGAAAGUUCGACAAUAAAUCCACCAACGAGGAACGAGAUGCACUUCUGCGCACCCUUUUGGAUACCGCAGAGGCUGCAGAGAAUAUCGGCGACGACGAUGAAAUGGACGAUGACGAACUGAACGACAUUAUGGCCCGCUCUGAAGAAGAAAUCCCUGUCUUCCAAGAGAUUGACAGACAGCGACUGGCUACUGACACAUAUGGCCCCGGUCACCGCUACCCUCGACUCAUGUGUGAACAGGAGUUGCCCGAGAUCUAUAUGCAGGAGGACAACCCUGUCACCGAGGAAAUCGAGAUCGAGGUUACUGGUCGCGGUGCUCGUGAGCGCAAGAUCACCAAAUACGAUGAUGGUCUUACCGAAGAGCAGUGGCUGAUGGCAGUGGACGCUGACGAUGACACUAUCGAAGAGGCCAUUGCACGUAAGGAGGCCCGUGUUGAGCGUCGCAAGUCCAACAAGACUGGCCGGGAUGGCGAAGACUCCUCACCAGAGCCAUCCAUCAUUGAUGACGACGAUACCCCUCAGAAACAGAAGCGCCGCCGCGGACCUCCCCCCAAGCGCAAGGCCGAAGAAGUCAUCGAAGAAACCCCGCAACCCAAGCGCAAGCGCGGUCGUCAGCCCAAGGUUCCAGAUACCCUCAACCCUACCGACCGUGCCAAUUUGAACCGCAUCCUCGAGACCGUCAUUCAGUCGCUGAUUGACAUGGAAGCUGAAGUGCCACCCGAGGGCUCUGAUAGUGAGGAGGGCCCCAUGAUCCGUGCGAUUAUCGAUCCCUUCAUGAAGCCUCCGCCACGAUCUUACUACCCAGAUUAUUACAUGAUCAUUCAAAACCCCAUCGCCAUAGACAACAUUCAAAAGAAGAUCAAGCGUUCCGAUUAUCAGAACUUGAGGUCAUUCCGCAAUGAUAUCCACCUCCUCUGUCAGAACGCCCGCACAUACAACGAAGACGGCAGUCUGCUCUUCCAGGAUGCCAAUGAUAUCGAGAACAAAGCAUUGUCGGAGCUUAGAAGGUUGACCGAAGCCCACCCCGAACUUGGUGGCUUUGAAGACCAGUCCACAGGUGGCGAUGGCUCAACCGGGCUCGGCUCAGGCGCUGACACUCCUGUGCCCGGCGGCACCCCCGGACAGCCCAAGCUGAAGCUCACCUUCAACAACCCCAACCGAGACAGCCCCAGCACCAGCAACGGAGCUGAGUUCGGAUUUGACCAAUGA